AUGAAAGAUCCACAGGGAACCACGAGUAAAACACCAACAAAGGAUAAGCGGCGAAAAAUGAGUAAGGAAAGUUCAGUAGAGGUUGAACUCAGUAAAGCGAGGGAAACCAUAGUGUUUCUUCGGUCGAAAUUGCAAAGGAGGGACAGGAAGAUAGCGUUCCUAAGGUCGUUGCUAAAGAAGCAGGAUAAUGAAUUAAGAAAGUAUAAACCAGGAAGAAUCUCACAACUUCCUCCAGAUGAUUAUGAUAGCGAAUUUCCCGAAUCGCACAUAAAACUAGCAGUGGAGGUACUUGAGAAGCUCAAAAGAAACCAGUUACUCGAGAAUUCACUUUCUGCUGAAGAAAACAAAAUUUUAACGAAGUAUUUUGUAUCAGCAGACUCAUUUCCGACAAGUGACGUUGUGAUGCUUAUUGAUAAAGCGAUAAGUUAUGCGCUGGAUGUGAUGGUAAAUCGGACAGAGUUAUGUGACGAACAUAUAGACAAUGAGCUCCGUAAAUUUCUCAUUGACACAGCCAAUGUAGGCAUAAUGGAUCUGUAA